UCCAUUCUCAGAGAAAUCCUCUCUGUAAAUGUCCUUGCCUGUCACAGUCAUGCUGCCCUCCCUGGAUUCAGUUCUCCUGAAGAGAUGCUGUCUUACUCAGUUGUGCGUCUAUCACGAGCAGGGUUCUGGGCCCAGUCUGCCUUGACUCAGCCUUCCUCAGUGUCUGGGGCUCUGGGAGAGAAGGUCACCCUCUCCUGUGUUGGAAGCAGCAAUGACAUUGGGGAGAGAUAUCAUAGUAUCUCCUGGUACCAACAGCAUCCAGGCAGUCCCCCCAAACUUCUGAUCUAUGCUGUCAGCUCCCGGCCCUCUGGAAUCCCCACUCGGUUCUCUGGCUCCAAGUCUGGCAACACGGCCUCCAUGACCAUCUCUGAGCUCCAGGACGAGGAUGAAGCUGAUUAUUUCUGCCUCUUAAACGCUGGCUCCUGGGCCCAGUCUGUCCUGACUCAGCCUCCCUCAGUGUCUGGGGCUCUAGAAGAGACGAUCACCAUCUCCUGUCUGGGGAGUAGCAACGACAUUGGGAGAUACAGUGGUAUCUCCUGGUACCAACAGCAUCCAGGCAGCCCCCCCAAACUUCUGAUCUAUGCUGUCAGCUCCCGGCCCUCUGGGAUCCCCACUCGCUUUUCUGGCUCCAAGUCUGGGAACACGGCCUCCCUGACCAUCUCUGAGCUCCAGGAAGAGGAUGAGGCUCUUUAUUUCUGUCAGUCAUACGCUGGUAGUAAUACUUCCCACAGUGGGCCAAGCCUAUGGGGAAGCGAGACCAAAACCUUCCCUGAGCUCACAGGCUCCCCCCGGCUCUGCAGAUGCCUCCUCAGCCCUGUGCAGAGGGGCUCAGGCCACCUGGGGGAUCGCCAGAAUCCAACCCUGCACAAAAGCCCCUGUGACACAACCCAGAAGAAUGUUUCUGUGAAGACGUAUGACCAGGAGCUGCUGGCUUGA